GAAAUUUAAUUUCCCUUUCGUAAACGGCAAAAGACCCGACUCCCCACAAAGCGGAGGGGAGAGGAUCUGAGAAAGGAAAGUGGAUUCUAUACUCGAGUGACAUUGCAAAUCUUCCUCUGUACAGAGAGACCAAAUAGGGAAUUAAGGGAGAGGAGUUUGAGAUAGUUUGAAAUAUUUUGCAUGGAUCGACAUUUCCCGCCGGAGAACUCGUCGGCUUCGUCUCCGCCACCACCCCCUUCCUCAUCCAAUGGGAACUUCGACAGGGUUUUGUUCAAGAAUCUGGUGGAGAUGGUUCCUCUCGUCGAGUCCCUCAUGGAUCGAAGAUCGACCACUUCGUUUACUCGCCGUGCAUCUCUGAUCUACACGAAGACGCCCUCCAGGGACGCUAAUUCUAAGAAGAUGACUGAUGCCAAAGGAAGAAAACCAGUUCAUGCUGCCUCCACGAAAAAGCAAAUGGACCACGUGCACAACGCCAUUGACAAAUUCACUAGGAAAGAUAAUUUAGAUGCUUCUUCUGAUGAAUUUUCCAUUUUAGCAACAAGGUCAUCAAUAUCUGAAAAGGAAAGAGAAGAGUUAAUUCUGUUGCGAGAGCAGGUGGAAGAGCUGAAGCGGAAACUAAUGGAGAAAGAAGAAGAAUUGAAAUCUGCUGAAGAAUCAAUGAACCGCUUCAGCUUAGCAGUAACAGAGAUAGAUGAUUUAAAGCGCCAGAUAGAAGAAAAAGAUUCCUUAGUUAGAUCUGCUCAUUUGCAACUUAAUGAGGCAAAGAUCAAACUUGCAGACAAGCAAGCGGCUGUGGAGAAACUCGAAUGGGAAGCAAAAAAGUCAAGCAAGGAAGCUGAUGAGGUGAAGAAUGAGCUUGAUUAUUUGCAUAAUGAGAUUGCAAGGUUUAUGCGGAUAUUUGAGACAAGCAAAGAGAUUGUGUCAAACUCAGAAUUAAGGGAAGAAGAUGCUGCUCCUGGGGACAUUUCUCACGUUGAAGAUCAGUUUCAGUCCAAUGAAAUAUAUGAUCAACUGGAAAACAUAGAAAUUGCAAGAAAAGAAUAUCUUGCAGCAGUUGCUUCUGCCAAAGAGAACCCAGAUGAGGAAUCUCUAGCCAUUGCUUCCAAGUCAAGGUUACAUCUGCAAUCUCUUCUGGCUGGAGUUCAUGGAAUGGGUAUUGCCAAAAAUAGACACGCCAUCAAUGGGUUCAGCUCUCGAAAAGCCGAGCCCCUUGCUCUUUAACCUCCUUUGUUGUAGAGUAAACGAGUGUCUCCAACCAGAAUAAGCCUUUAGAGGAAGCCAUAGCAUAUGUCUGGAUGUCCAAUGCAUGCUUGAUAUGGUAAAUUAAUGGAAUGGUGUUCAAGAGGGCAGCAUUUUUCACGGUUUGGUAAAUCUUAAGUCCUGGUGUGAGGGUUGCACCAUCACGGUUGUAUAUGACUCUUAUGCCCUGUUCAUCCGAGGAAACAAUUUCUUGCUAUUUAAUCCCUGUAUCAUUCCAAUCUUA